CGCCGCUCAGUUGUAGCGAAGCGUUUGCAGCGAAAGGGUCUCGAGACUCGGUGUAAAACAUUGUUCUUUUAUUUUUCCUCUUUCAAAUUCGAACGACAACGAGUUAACAAUUUAACAAUUAAUAAACUACAACAACAAAAUACGACGUAAUUACGUAUUCGAAAACUACGUAUUAAGCAUAAUUUGUGAAUGAAUUUUUCAAACGAUUAAUUAAAAAAACAAUCUCCGGUAAAAAUUGUAAAAAUCUUCGUAAUCGAAGUAAAAAAAAAAAAAAAAACUGAUUGUACAUAUUUUUUGUCGACAAAUUGGUACAGUUUUCCAUCUUCUUCUUACGUAAAAUUAUCGCAGAAGACAUUAAAGUGAAAUUGACAUGACACUUGUUACUUGAUCGUUUGUCAAUUUUUCAUAAUUCUGUACUCUAUAAAAAAUUUAAAUAUCUACCGUACGUUAUACAGUUGCAAUAAUCUGUAAGCUGGUGUAUAUUGUACACCGGGGGUAUAAUAAACGUGUGAAUUCUUUGUAAUGAUUAAUGUAUAUGUACACACAGUGUUUGCCGGUAUAUAAUCAGACAAAUAACUAAAUGUACAUAUCUUCAAAGUAAUUGUUCCGAUACACAUACACAUCCGUAUAUACAUAUAAUACACUUGGUGCAUGUGCAGUUUUGUGUGUGUGCUUUAGUGUAUGUGCUUCUCUCUCUCUGUGUUGGUUGCAUGUUUAAAACAAGAUUUGUAAACAUGUUCAAUUCCACCACCCGUUAAAUCGUUGGAUUAAAAUCUUCGAUUGAAUUGGAGCAAAGAGAUCGGCGGAGCGAAGGAUGCUCAAGCACGUUUCAGUUUCGCCGUGGCGGGGAAGGGCGGACAGCGUUAGUCUAGCAUCCAGCAGUGCUAGUAGCUGCGGAAGCGGAAGUCCGACCCCCGCACACACACCGCCACCCUCGAGAGCUUCGUCAUGCGCGUCACUCGCACCCCUAAAUUCUCUGUCGAGUUUUUCACCCGCCGACACUAAUCCGCAACAGACCACCAUCAAAGUAUACGCGAACUGUUUGCGGCCCGAUAUCGAGUACAAAACGCUAAGCAUCAGCUACGAAACGACCUGUCGAGAAGUGGUUCAAAACCUGUUGAACAAAUACAGAAUGAGGCACAGAGAUCCUCGCCUGUUCUACCUCACGAUGGAGGUGACCGUGAGGAGGGCGAACGUUCGGACCGUUUUACCCCUUGACGAAGAUGCCAGGCCUGCAGUCCUGCAGUCCUGUCAUCCCCCUGGCGAUUCGAGAUUUUCGCUACAAACCCGUCGAGGAGGUCUGGUCAAGAUAUACGAUAGUGCAUUGAUGUCUGGGUCAAAGUACAAGAGCCUUUUGGUUUCCGAGCACACGACAGUUGACGAGCUCAUCCAGAUGCUCCUGAGCUGUUACAGCUCGAGCGAAAGGGUGGAGCAAUUUUCUUUGUACGAAGUGUGCGAGGGCGAAGAGUACCAAAGAAAACUUCACCCGGACGAUUCACCUCUCAAGGUUACACAGAGAUGGACAUCCAUCGAUAGGCACCUUCGCAUAAGACGAAAUCCUGACUACAAUCCUUAUAGGAGAAAGAGUAUGUGGACUUCGGAUUCAAGUAUAACGAUGGCGAUGUCGAAGCUCCAGCUGCACAGUAACAAGCAAAAUCAUCAUCACAACCAACACCUGCACCACCAUAACCAUAACAACAACAACAACAACAACAAUAACAACAACAACAGCAGUAGCAAAAAUAAUCACAACAACAACGUACAUCGUCAAAUUCAUCAGAAUAAUAACGUAGGCGGUCACGUGCAAAUGUUGCCCGUUCAGCAAUCCCGUGUCGUUAUUCCUCAUGUUUCGCAGAUCACCAAAAGCGUGCCAUCGACACCUUUGACCGGAAAGCAUGUAUCAGCUAGUUCCGCUUACGCCGACUACGAAAACUACUUUUACAUAUAGAUGCGGUUACCAAGCGAUGAUUAUUAUCAAUACACAAUUAAAGACGGUGAAAUUGAUGGAAAGUUAUUAUGGUCACUGAGUCAACCUUUCGAUGGUUGAUGCAGUUUUUCAAUAAUUGUAACCAAACUCAAUUCAGAAUAGUACCUUAAUCUCGAAUUUGGAAUGUCAAACAUUGAAAAAUCAUGGAAAGAAAUGUUAUGGAAAUCUGCGGAUUACUUUUAGUGAUUUUGGUCCGCCAUAUUGGAGCGGCCAUUUUAAGGUUUUCAAUCGGAUUCAGUAUUCGACAUCAAAGAUUCAAAAAUCCUAUAAAACCCCAGAGUUUGAAAUAAAAUUUUACCAAUAUUGUGUAACUUAUAAUAUAUCGAAUAACGAAUCUUGAUCGGUAUCGAAAAUUUAAUCUGCCCAAAGCGAAUGAACCUAAACAUUUCUUUCAACAAAAAAAGAGAUGCGUACGUAUUUUGACGAAUUCAGGCAAAUCUGAUCCUGCAGAAUAAAGAAUUGAUCCGCAAACAGAAUCCGAAUGGCAGUUCUCAAUUUCCUGUAAGAUCGAUGUCUGAAUGAGAUUGAGGUUUAAAGUUAAGUCUAUGAGGUGAUAGAUGAUAAUUGUAAGCAACGGAUUUUAGUCAGUAUAACGUAUAUCAGUGUAGGUAAAAGACGAAUGAGUAAAUGUUGAAAUGUUAGAACCAAAGUUAGACGUACCUACGGCUAGUUUGCGCUUCGUUAUAGCGCGCCAAAACCUGGCAAGUCGAGAAGGGUCCAUUUUUUUCAUUUGUUUUAUUUAUUUUUUAUCUUAAGUCCUUCUCGACUCAUGUGCGAUUGUGGUGUCUAAACGUGCAUAGCAAAUCGUUAACUUAUUAUUAAAUGCAACAGUAAAUCAAUUUAAGUUUCUCACGAAUAAUAUCGAAAAAAAAAACGGAAACGUCUGAAGAAAUUGAAGCAGAUAUUUAAUCUUUUGUAAAGUUAAUGUAUCACAGUAUUAGAUUGACGACAAAUUUCCUCUCAUUGAAUUUUCAAGAAUAUGUUAAGAUUUAGAAUGAGAAUUUUUUCUCUUUUGAUUGGAAAACAACAUUAUCAAAGUAAGCAAAAAUGAAAAAAUAACAUGUGCAAAUUUCUGAUCGAAUUUAAACUAGCUGAUCUGCGUUCAGUUUACGAUUAUCAAGUAUACAUGAUAUCUUGGUACGAUAUAUCGUAAUUCGAUAUUCAAUGAGAAUUAUGUAGAUGAAUUGUGCACUUAUGAAAGAAAAUUUUAUGAACCAUGUGCGAUAUAGAAUUAAUAAACGUCUACAGUAAUUAUUAUUAAUAUUCUGUAAUACUAUUUAUUUAUUAUCAAUGUAAAGAUUUAUAUUACGUAUUUAAAGUGAAAUUUGUCAACAGCAUAAAUUCUGUUUUUAUAAUUCGAUACUGAAGAGCAAAAAAAAAAAAAAAUAUUCCAACAGUCAGACAAUUAAUCAGAAAAUUUUAGGAUGAAUAAAUGAAUACAUAAUUCUUAAAAGGUAAUACCAAUUAUAUUUCUUAGUACUUCAAAGUCAACGUAAGCUAAAGAUACUCUUAUGCUGCUGGUCUGUUCCUCAAAACAAACAGCAGCUGUAGCUUAAAAGAUUAAUCUAAAGUUGUAUAAAUUAUAUAUAUUUCUUAAGCGUUCCUUUCGCGCAGCUUUGCAUGUGUACGUAAUAUUCAAAUAUCGAGUAUCAAUGGAAUAUUUUACAUAUACAUAAUUUGCUGUUAUAUCAAAUAUAGAAUAUCAUUCGUCACUAAUUUAUGUGUCCUAAAGUCGCUAUAAAUUCAAUUAUAAUAAUAAGGUUCUAUAAUAUUGAUAAUAGAUACGCUACUUGCGAUCAAUGUCGUCGUUUUUAUACACAAUGAAGAACUUGGAUUAUUAAUAUAAGUAAAUCUAUGUUAAUUGAGUAUAAUAUGUAAUCUUUCAGUACCUAAAUUGUUUCCAGCGUGGAAAAAACGAUUCAGAUCUAUUGAUUGUACGCAUUUUGUAAAUGUUUUUUUCAUCUCUUUUUAUAUGUUCCCCGAAAUAGAAUUUCGCAUUUAACUGUACAUAAAACUGCUUGAAGGAACGUAGAUUUACCUUACUAGAAAUAGAAUAUCUAAUCAUUACAUCAAGACUUCAAAAAAGUCGAAAAAUUGAAACGUUUUUUCAACACUGAACAAAAUCAUUAGGAUUAGGUUAUAUUAUGGUGGAAAACAGAGGGGAAAAAACAUAAUAAGAACCACAGAACUGUUACCAGACUUUUUGUGCGCGUGUUUAUAUUAUAUUACCAAAGAGAAAAAUUUAUAAUUACGUUAAUAGUGCGAUAAUUAGAUCAUAAUUAUUGAUAGUAUACAGAUUAAAAUAUGUUAGAAUAAUAAUGUUGUAUACGUAAUUCAUAAGAUUUACGCAUGCAACCUUGAUGUUUUUUUGCUCCGGGUAGCUGGAAAGAUAUCUAGAAUGCGUAUGAUAAUUCCCCGGAUUCACGUUGGAACGAAUAUCUGCAAAUAUCUAAAAAUCAUCCGCAAUAAUUACCAAGUGAUCAUCGAUGAUCCUGAGGAAUUCACAAUUUUGAUUGUUAUUUGCAUAUCCACGAAAAGUGUAAUGAGAUUCGUCGGGGUUGAAAAUUCCCUUUAAUUAGGUCCAGUCACUCUGUCCUGGAUAAUCUUUUAGUCCUGCAUAGUGCUUCUUAGGAUUAUGCAUAUAAUUGUAUGUGUAACGCUGUUAUAUAUGCAUGUAAAUAAAUGAAUAAAUGAAGACAUAAAUACAUGCAA